UCAGGUGACAGGAGACUGUGGGUGACGUCACUUCCCGUCGAAACCUGAGCCGUCCAUAGACACUAAUUUCCCCGUGAUUCGGUUUAACUGGAGGUUUGUGUGUGAAUCACAGUGACCGUGAAUCUGUAGGUGUUCGGGGACGAGGACAAGUGGAAACAGCGGAUUAAAGGUUAAACUUUCUGUAAAAGUUUUUUUAUGUUUUGGAGGACGGAGCUGAGCGGAAACAAUAAUCACCAAACUGUCACUUAGAGACAGACAGAGACAGAGAGAGAGAGAGAGAGCGAGAGAGAGAGAGAGAGUAAAGUUUAACUUUAUUGUGAACGGUUUUUUGUAAACCGCUGGAAAGUUCGGUUGCGCGCGACCGGACUGAAGAUUCUGAAGAGAGCGCGCGCUCUGUGUGUGUGUGUGUGUGCGCGUGUGUGUGUGUGUGUGUGUGUGUGUGUGUGUGUGUGUGUGUGUGUGUGUGAGAGAGAGAGAGAGUGUGCGCGUGUGUGUGUGUGUGUGUGUGUGUGUGUGUGUGUGUGUGUGUGUGUGUGUGUGUGUGUGUGUGUGUGUGCGUGCGUGCGUGCGCUAGAGAGAGAGUGUCCCAGGACGCUGCUUAGUUGAACAUCCCGAUGAGAAAGAUCUGUGUGUGUGUGAGAGAGAAAUGUGUGUAAGGCGCAGACAUGGGUCUGUGUUUGGGCUCCGAGGUCACGGAGGAAGGAAAGAAGGCGAAACUUCACAGCUCAGAGAUCGACCGAGAGCUUUACGAGCAGGCGAAGAGAGAGAUGAACGUGGUGAAGGUCCUGCUGCUCGGAGCUGCUGAGAGUGGUAAGAGCACACUGGUCAAACAGAUGAAGAUAAUUCACAGCAACGGCUUCACCAACCAAGAGCUGAGCAGCUUUAAGCCGGCCGUGUUGGACAACCUGCUGAUGUCGAUGAAGUUUGUGCUGCACGGGAUGGGCGUGCUCCGGAUUAACCUGGCCAACAGCAAGAACAAGGUCCAUGCCCACUCUGUACUGUCAUGUGGGCGGUGCUUUGAUGAAGAGCAGGUGCUUUUCCCAUUCAUAAGCCACGCCCUUUCUUGCCUGUGGGCAGAUCAGGGGGUGCGGUCUGCAGCGGCGCGAGGCUAUGAGUAUGAACUCAAUGAUUCUGCACUCUACUUUUUCGAUAACAUGACCCGGAUCGUGUCGCCGGACUACGUUCCCACGGAGAUGGACGUGUUGCGAGUCAGAAUUCGGACCACAGGCGUCAUCGAGACUCAGUUUAAAGUGAAACACCUGGUGUUCAGGCUGUAUGACGUCGGAGGCCAGCGGACGGAGAGGAGGAAGUGGAUCAGCUGUUUCGAGGACGUCAGGGCCGUACUGUUUGUCGUGUCUCUGAGCGGGUACGACAUGACGCUGGUGGAGGAUCCGUCCAUGAACAGACUGCAGGAGAGCCUCAGGCUAUUUUCCUCCAUCUGCAACAAUGUGUUCUUUAGGAGCACCUCAAUGAUUUUAUUCAUGAACAAAAUCGAUCUUUUCCAAGAGAAGAUCCUUCACUCGGGUCGUCACCUCAGAUAUUACCUGCCGCUCUACAGGGGUGCGGACUGCGAUGUAGAUUCUGCUGCUCGCUUCAUCGCCUCCAUGUUUGUCUCUCAGAAUGCCAUGCCCAGGAAACUGAUCUAUUACCACUUCACCACGGCGACAGACACCUCCAAUGUGCAGGUGGUGUUCCAGGUGGUAAUGGACACCAUCAUGAAGGAGAACCUGGAGGCAGUUUCACUGCUCUGACAUCCACACACACUCAACUCAUUGCCCCACCCCCUAUGUGAAGCUGUCAGAAGUACAGACAGACAGACAGACAACCCUGAUGCUUUGCUGAGCUGUCCGAGGUGCUGAACCUCAACGCACUCAGCGCAUGGAACAACCAGGCCGUGUGUGACAGCGUGGAGAGAAACACAGAAGAAACCUGGAGAUACCGAGACAUACGGAGGGACUGAGAUGUUAGAGAAAAAGAGAAGAGUGAUGUAUAUCGAGAGACAGAUUAGGACGGAUCUGUAGAAAGAUAAAUAAAUAUAUUCAGAUAAACAGAGAGAGGGAAGAAAUGGACUUGAGUGGGGGGUGG